AUGUCAACAAGUGUUUCUGAAACAGAUAAUGUUUCAAAUAAUUCCUCCGCAUCCGAUCGUUUUUCUUCAAAUGAAGACAGUCAAGAGAGUCAUAAUAGAGCCAGCUCGCAGCCGAUAUUCAUCGAAAUACUCUCUACAAAUUCAAACUCUGAGAACGGCUCAUAUCAGGUUAUUCUUAAUGAUACAGUCAUUAAUUCGACACGUAAUACGCCAACAAAGAGUGGGAUUAAAAUACCAUCGAACUCUACCACACCUCAGCAUAUAGUAAAUGGUCGUUCACUGAGUAAUACACCCAAAAGCAAUAGUAGUAGGAUACGAUUGGAGCAACCAAUUCCAAGGGCACCCGCUCAAGUCGUUCAGAGGCCAUCUAUGGACUCAAUCCAAUUGGAUCGGAGCAUACACAAUGCCUCCCAUGCUAGUAGCAUUGGAACAAUAGCUACCACAGCCCUUAUGAAUAAAACGCUAUCGAGCGAUUCUAUUUCAGUAACACAGCGCAACCCAAACUCAUCCAGAAUUAGUAUAAAUCAGAGCAAGUCCCCAGCAAGAAAGCAAAGUCCUAGCAUGGCUAAACCACAACUUGUGCAUAAUAAAGGAAAGCCAAUUCUUUUAUCUUUCGAUAAUAAAAGUCCUAUUGAAGAUUCAGAAGAUACCCCAGAAGGCCGACUCAAGAGAAAUAUCAAAUUAGAAGACUCGGUAAGGUUACUUCAAGAAGAAUUCAAGUCACCAAGCUUACAUACAGCUGAAACGGCAACUUUUAGUACUAAAACUAAAGGUGUUUACCCUCUAGAGCCGGAAAAGGCUUUGCAUUCACCAAAAUCGCCAAAUAGGUUAUCAAGAGAUAAAUCUUCUUUACUUAAUGAUAUACCUGAAUCUGAACUGCUAGAGAAAAUACGAAACAGUCAAUUUCUUUGGUCAGGAUUACUGAAAACUGACUCAGAUGAUACUUCAUCAGUCAAUUCUGAAGGAAGUGAACUGAGUGCGCAGUAUAAUGAGAAAGAUGUUAUAAAUAGUAAUGGUAAAGAUUCUACCCGAAGGAAUGAUGGAAAUGCCAAGGAUAUACCUAACAUAAAGCAGAAACGAUCGAGCCUAUCAUUAAAUGCAGAAAAUACGAAAGAAAAUACUAACAACAACAGCACUUUCAAUUUGUUAUCUCCAGAGCAUUUUUAUAAUCAAAACAAUAAUGUUAACUAUGAUGAAGAGAAGUUUAUUGAAACCUCUUAUCAUGUACAUUUCAAAAAUACUUACCAACCGAUCCAAUAUACUGAUGUGUAUACGGUAAGUUCAACAGAUUCUGAGACAGCAGGUAUAUUUGACAUGUAUAGUUUCUGGAGAUUGUUAAUCCUAUUUCUCGUCUGUUUAUGUGUUCCACCGUUAUUCUUUCUGAUUGCGGCAGGCAACAGAUGUGGGAUUUCAGAUUACAGGCUUAUGAAAAUGGUGAUAUUAAAGAAAUACAGGCUCUAUCUGUACCAAGGCUUCAUAUUUAACAUAAACUUAGGAUGGUUAAGAAUUAUAUGUUUCGUAUGUGGCGUAGCAGAGCUUUUAGCAGCAUUUGCUGGUAUUGCUAUCGGUCUCGGUGUUGGAUUAACUUAA